CCCUCGGCGGUUAUAAAAUGGGCGCCAAGGCCUGGAUAACGCAGUUUGCCGCUCUGUGACACCGCCGUCUCCCUUCUGCCGUUUUUAUUCCCUUCGUCUUCUUCGUCCAUAGAUCAGAGAGAGAGAGAGAGAGUCGCUGAGGUGAAUCGAUGGCGUCCAACUACGUCGACACCACGGGCGAGGAGGGCAGGUUCCACGGCCCCCACCACAGCAGCAGCACCACCCCGACUGGCGCCGCGGCGUCGUCGCCGCGCACGAUGCGCCGGAGCUUCUCGUCCGCGUCCUCGGCCGGCAGCCACGGCGGCGGCGGCGCCGCUCCCAAGUGCGUGUGCGCCCCCGCGACGCACGCCGGGUCGUUCAAGUGCCGGCUCCACCGCACCAACUCCCAGGGCCACGGCCACCCGCACCCGUCCCCACCCGCCUCCCCCGCCUCCGCCGCGCCGCCGCAGGGCGUCCCGUCCUCCGCCUCCUCCCACACCGUCGAGGCCCAGUGAGGCCGCGGAGCUGCUGCCGGUCCCGGAAUCGUCAGACCAUGCGACCAAGAACCAAGACGAGGAGCGAGCAGCAGGGGAAACGAGAGAAAGAACAGAAUAUAUCGUAUCAGAAGAAGGGAGCCUAUUAGUAUUCCCUUUGUUGUGAUCCGUAUUACCGGAAGAUUUUUGCUUUUGCUUUUUCCCCUUCUCAUUUCUGUGUGGGAUCCCUCGUUUUCUGCUGCUUGAUUCCCAGCCCUCCUUCAGAUGAUGAAACUCCUCUGCUGCAGUCAGGCUCCUCCCUGCUUCUAGCUCUAAUCCAUACCACACUACUCUCUCAAUUACCGCUAUUUACCAUUCUACUGGAGUACCUACCCCCUUUGUUGUUACGUCAUGUCUGAGAUGAGAUCUCGUGUAGAUUUCAGAGCGAUGCCUUGUGCUUCCAUUGGGCAGCAUGGUGAGCUGCCGAUCGAGAGUUCGAGCAGGCUGUCUGCACUGUCGAUUCUUUUGGAAGACUUCAGUUGCCAGUUAUUUUGGUUAGAGUUGGCGCCAUUCACAGAGCAUGCACAACAGUGGGGUGCUUAAAAGAAGUGUUUACCUAAUAAAUUGGUUUACUUGUGCCACGUCAAAUAGGUUGGGUGCUUAUAGAGGAAAAUGUGCUCAAGUUUGCUUCGAGUAUUUGAACCUUUUUAAGCACUAAUUUUGCAUUGAGAGAAUGAUUUUUCUACCGAUGCUUAAUGAUGUGGCAAUAUUCUUUUUCCCUA